AUGGGGUUUAAGAUGCAUUCCAUGUUUUUGGUCUCUCUUUGUUGCCUAGCUCUGCUUGCAUCAAUGCACCAAGCAAGAGCAGCAAAGUCUCCUAAUGUGACACACAUAAGAGGGAGAAAGGAACUAAGUGGAUGUAAUUUGUUCAUUGGAAGUUGGGUGAUUGACCCUUCAUAUCCUCUCUAUGACUCUUCAAGCUGCCCCUUCAUAGAUGCUGAGUUUGAUUGCCAAAAGUAUGGAAGACCCGACAACCAAUAUCUCAAAUACUCUUGGAAGCCUGAUUCAUGUGCCUUACCAAGGUUCGAUGGGGUAGGUUUCUUGAACAAGUGGAAGGGUAAGAAGAUAAUGUUUGUGGGUGAUUCAUUGAGUCUGAACAUGUGGGAAUCAUUGUCCUGCAUGAUUCACGCGUCGGUGCCGAAUGCCAAUACCAGCUUUUUGAGGAGAGGAGCAUCGUCUAUUGUGACCUUCCAGGACUAUGGAGUAACCAUACAGCUAUACCGCACACCAUAUUUGGUGGACAUAGUUCGAGAAGAUGUUGGUCCAGUGCUUACAUUAGACUCCAUACAAGCGGGUAAUGCAUGGAUAGGCAUGGAUAUGUUGAUCUUCAACACGUGGCAUUGGUGGACCCACACUGGAAACUCUCAAGGAUGGGAUUAUAUAAGAGAUGGUCCCAAUCUACUCAAGGACAUGGACCGUUUGGAGGCAUUUUAUAAGGGAUUGAUCACUUGGGCUGGAUGGGUUGAUCACAAUGUUGACCCUACCAAAACUAAAGUCUUCUUUCAAGGCAUUUCUCCUACUCAUUAUCAAGGCCAGGAGUGGAAUCAACCAAGGAAGAGCUGUAGCGGAGAACUUGAACCCUUAUCUGGGUCAACAUAUCCAGCAGGCCUACCUCCUGCAGCUAACAUAGUGAACAGAGUCAUAAAGAACAUGAAGAAUCCUGUUUAUCUACUUGACAUAACUCUCCUCUCGCAGCUACGAAAAGAUGCACAUCCUUCUGUAUAUAGCGGGGAUCAUGGGGGGAAUGACUGCAGUCAUUGGUGCCUACCAGGACUACCUGAUACUUGGAACCAACUCCUAAAUGCAGCUCUAAUCAUGUGA